GGAUUUGCCGCUCAGGAGGACACCAACCAUACGGUCGAAUGGGCUCUGUUUGAGGCGCUCGUCAAGACCCGACUCAUCCGCAGCCGUCAGACAUCCAACUAUCACCGCUGCGGUCGCACUGACAAAGGCGUGUCCGCCUUCUCGCAGACCAUAUCGCUGGACGUGAGGACUAAUCUGAAGGCAGGCAAAGGCGUGAUAACACCCGACGAUUAUGUUGAUGACGGUCGCGACGACGAGACGAACGGUGACUCUGAGCCGCAAGAAAUCAAUUAUAUUAUGAUUUUAAACAAUGUUUUGCCCGAAAAUAUUCGUGUCAUUUGUUGGACACCCGUUGAGACGGAUUUCAGCGCACGGUUUGACUGCAAGUCCAGAAGUUAUAAGUAUUUGUUCCCAAAGGGAGGACUGGAUGUCGAGCGCAUGAGAAUUGGCUGUAAUUAUCUGUUGGGCGAACACGACUUCAGAAACUUUUGCAAAAUGGAUGUCAACAACGGUGUCGUCAACUAUAGGAGGAAUAUAUUGUCCAUUGAUUUACAGCGAUAUUCGUGUGAUGCUAAUUGUGAUAUCUCUUUGGGUGAUGAGACCUAUUGGAUGUAUGCGUUGACAAUCACCGGAACGGCAUUCAUAUGGCAUCAAAUUCGAUGUAUUGUCGCUCUUCUAUUCCUCGUCGGCCAACACAGAGAAGAGCCCGAAAUAAUCCAACAAUUACUAGAUGUGGACAAACAUCCCAAUAAACCACAGUAUUGUAUGUCCGCUGACUUUCCAUUGAUUUUGUUUGACUGCAGUUAUGAUGAAAAAGAUGUUAAAGAGUGGAUAUAUGAUACCAAAGCGUCGGAUCAGCUCAUCAAACAUCUGCAGAGUUUAUGGACUAAACAAAUGGUUAAAACAGAUGUAACUAAAUUAAUGUUAAAUAGUUUAACAAAUGAUUUUAAAUCUCGCAAUACAUCCGAAGACUUGUCAGAUAAUAGUUCACUAAUCGAUACCUUAUGUAUGGGAGUCCGCCAUAAGGUGUAUAAACCUUUGCUCGAGCGUCCAAAAGUUUAG